CUCACACUCUCCUUCAACAAAAUCUUCUCUCAUUGAUUCCUUCGUCAAGCCUCAAUCACUUUCAUCACUCUUCUCUCUCUUUCUCAAACCAACAGCGCGAAGAGAUGAAGCAUCUGAUCCGCCGCCUCUCCCGCGUCGCCGACUCCGCAAACUACAGCCUCCUCCGUUCCGAUUCGCAGCGACCUAGCCGCCGUCCACCGGCGCCUCGCCGCUCGAAGAAGCACACAUCCUCCGUUCCCGAGGGUCACGUGCCUGUCUACGUGGGAGACGAGAUGGAGCGGUUCGUGGUGAGCGCGGAGCUGCUAAACCACCCGGUUUUCAUCGGUUUGUUGAACCGAUCGGCUCAAGAGUACGGUUACGAACAGAAAGGAGUUCUGCAGAUCCCCUGCCACGUGUUGGUAUUCGAGCGAAUCAUGGAGUCGCUUCGGCUCGGAUUAGCGGUGCCGAGCGACCUACAAGAUGUAAUCGGCGACGAGACGAUUUGACACGCGAGGGAAUCUUUGGUAGUUAGAGAGAUAUGGAUCUGGUUCUUUUUUUUUCGGCUCAGAUGCAGUACGACGUCGUGUUGAUGGUGUACAUAGCUAUGUAUAUUUUUCAUUUUUCUGGAUGAUAGAUGAUGAAGAAGAUUGAAGUUCAAAUGGGGAAGGGGAAAGAUUAGCGAUAUUUUUAGGGCUUUUCUUUUUGAAUUUUUUUUUCUUUUUUCAAAAUUUGUUUGUUGCAAAUUUCCUGUUUUUCGCCGGUUUAAGAACCGGUUUGAGACUCUUGUGAAGGUUUAAAUGGAAAUUGGUUCGGUUUGGUUAAUGUAA